UUCCAUCCUGUGCAAUGAAGAACCUAUAAUACACAUCCAUCCUAGGGUUUUUCAAUUCGCUAGGUUUCAAAUCUUACCCCACACACUCUCAAAUUAAAACCACUGCUAUGAAGAAAGAGCAGCUCGAUAUGUCCGAUCUCGCUUCCUCCUUACCCGCUGCCGCCGCCGCUCUCAGCGCCGAGGAUCGUGCGGGCCUGGUUAACGCCCUUAAGGAUAAACUUCAAAAUCUGGCUGGACAGCACUCUGAUGUGCUUGAGAGCUUGACUCCAACUGUUAGGAAGAGAGUUGAGGUUUUAAGACACAUUCAGAGUGAACAUGAUGAGAUAGAGGCGAAGUUUUUUGAAGAGAGAGCAGCACUGGAAUUAAAAUACCAGAAACUGUAUGAGCCAUUGUAUUCAAAGAGGUAUGAUAUAGUGAAUGGUGUUGUUGAAGUUGAUGAAGUAAAGGAUGAAGCUGCAGCUGACCAGACAGAUGGCAAAGAUGAAAAGGGCGUGCCUGAUUUUUGGCUAACUGCAAUGAAGACCCAUGAAGUAUUGGCAGAGGAGAUAUCGGAACGAGAUGAAGAUGCUCUAAAGUAUCUGAAGGAUAUCAAGUGGUGCCGGAUUAACGAUCCCAAGGGUUUUAAGCUGGAGUUCUUUUUUGAUACCAAUUCUUAUUUUACAAACUCUGUUUUAACCAAAGUAUAUCAUAUGAUCGACGAUGAUGAGCCUAUUUUAGAGAAGGCAAUAGGGACAACCAUUGAAUGGUUACCAGGAAAAUGCUUGACACAGAAGAUAUUAAAAAAGAAACCGAAGAAGGGAUCAAAAAAUGCUAAACCAAUCACAAAGACUGAAGAGUGUGAAAGUUUCUUUAACUUCUUUAGCCCUCCACAAGUGCCUGAGGAUGAAGAUGAUAUUGAUGAGGAGAUGGCCGAAGAACUUCAGAAUCAAAUGGAGCAAGACUAUGACAUUGGUUCAACUAUACGGGACAAAAUUAUUCCACAUGCUGUUUCGUGGUUCACGGGCGAGGCUGUCCAGGAGGACGAGUUUGAAGGCAUAGAAGACGACGAUGAUGAUGAUGACGAAGACGACGACGACGAUGAAGAACUUGAUGACGAUGAAGACGAAGAAGAUGACGAGGAUGAUGAAGAUGAAGAGGAGAGCAGGAGCAAGACGAAAGCAAAGCCAUCUGCACGGAAGAAGGGCAGCAAUCCACCAGCUGGUGCUACAGCAGAGGGUGAGCAACCUCCUGAAUGCAAGCAACAAUAGUCUUGAAGGCUGCUAAUGGGGUGGUACCACCACUGAGUUUCCCCUCAAAUGGGGCUAAUGACCAACAUUGGGCAGGUGCCAAUGGCGUGUUUGAGGGUUUGGACGUUGUGGUUGGAGAAUUUUGGCCAAUUGUUUUGGAUUGUUAUCUGCAUUUUUUUUUUGGGAUUAGUACUUCAAAAAGUAAAUAACUUUACACGAAUUGUUAUAGUGUGUUUCGAACUUUAAUCUCAUGCAUUGUAUGUAAUGAACUUUCAUAUUCUGUGCAUUGUAUGUAUCCGGGUAUAUGUGGCAAUCACCUAAGCUGUCACUUGGUCGUUUUUUAUUGGUCGAAUACAUGCAAUGCACAAGAUUUGAAAGUUUAUUACAUACAAUGCAUAAGAUUAAAGUUCGAUACACACUAUAACAAUUCGUGUAAAGUUGCUUACAUUUUAAGUACUAAUCCUUUUUUUUUAUUUGUGCAUUGGAGUUCUAUUAUCUGUUAAAAUGUCAAGUUUUAAUUUUUAGGUUACCAUCUUGACUUGUCAAAAGGAGAAUAUGUAUGUUCUGUCCCAUUUUUCUUGGUAUGUAAGCAUGUUUCAGAAA